ACACACACACACACACACACACCUCCUCCCACUCGCCUAAUGUAAGAUGUCGUUGUUCACAGACUGACCUGACUAACUGUGGAUGCAAUGUCACCGGGAAUUACUCAGGUCGCGUCCUCCAGGUGACAGGUGGCUACACAGGUGAUGCGCUCAAAGUCGUGGCGCAGAGGUACCAGCAUGUGGGGGGCGUUGGAUCAGCUGAGGAGUUGGUGAGCGUAGCGUGGCACCCCGAGGAAGAGAUGCUGUUCAUGGCGGCUCCCAGGACCACCCUCAGCCUGGCCAGCGGGCAUGAGGGCCAGGCGGGGCAGUGGUGGCGGCUGUGGUUGAGAGGCGGUGAGGAAGAGCGCGGCAAGGCCUCCAGUGGUGACCCCGCGCCGCCUCAGCUUGACCAAGAGCGAGACGCAGCCGGAACCGAGGCAGGACGGGGCGUGGUGGUGCGCACUCAGUUCUCUGAAUCCAUCUUUGGCGUAUCUGUGGACUCGCUGAUGCCGGGGAAGCGUCGGCGUCUCCUGAACCUCACCGUCACGCCACACACUGGAAAACACUGGCAGGUGAGCCUACAUGUGCCAAUUAUCUCUACAGCCCUCGAGUGGGAGACGAAGCUCUGGAAAAAUCAGGGCAAGCAACAUUGGGAAGUUAAUGGGGAAGUCAAGUCUACCAAAUCUGACAUAUCGUUAGAAUUCGUUCACUUCAAGCAGGAGAAGCAGGACGAGGAGACUCAGGUCACGGAUGACAGAGGUGAGGCUGGCAGGUGUGAUGCUGAAGGUUGUGGGGACGGCAAUGUCAAGGAGCCAAAAGCCAAGUCGCGGCACCACGUCGACAGUGAUUGCGACUCAGAUUUAAGAAAAGAACAGACAGUAGACCAGAAUGAAGUUUGUAGUGGUCGAGAUCCUAUAUCAGAAGACUUAAAGCAAAAUGAUCAUGAUUCCGUAAUGUUAAAUGUAGACGAAGAAUGUUCCAGGAAAGCGGAGUGUGAUGGACCGGAAGAGUCAGUGUCAAGUGACGCUGUUCAAGAGACUACACAAAAAUUAACUUCCCGGGUUUUCAGCCUUUCUUCCAACAUGAAGACUUACGUCUCAUCUGACGGAGGACGCUGGAUUCGGAUCCUGCAGCGCACACACCUGGCAUUCUGUCCUCACGUUGGCUGGAACUUGAACCAAAUAUUUCGGUUCAAUCGUGACUGGACUGGGUGGGAGGUAGCGUGGCGGUGUGGUGUUGGGAUGUAUUGAUGGUGAUGGAUACCGGUCCUGCAGAAAAGGUGGUAGUCAUGGCGGUGGAUACCUGUCCUGAAGGACAGGUGGUGGCAGUGGAUACCCAUCCAGCAGGGCAGGUGGUGGCAGUAGAUACCCGUCCACAGGACAGGUGGUGGUAGUAGAUACCCGUCCAGCAGGACAGGUGGUGGCGGUGGAUACCCGUC